AUGGACAACACAUUAAUGCAAUUGAAGCAUGCUGCGGAUAGCUUUUCAACUUCGGAAGUUCGAUCUCUUACUCAUAAACACCUAUGGACGAUUCGAGGGUUCUCGCAACUUGAAUGUCGAUAUCUAGAAACAAGUGCAAAGAUCAAGGACAUCUCUGCUGCGCCAUCAAGUCUACCUUCGAGCUCUGGAGGUCUGCCUGAAUUACCGGACAUCUGCUUCAGAAUUCGACUGCAUCCACAAGGAAAUAAGGAGUCGAAUAAAGAUUUUACUUUUUUCCAGUGUUUUACGAAUCAAAAUGCCCAGCAGACUGCUCCAACGUUCAGGGCGAAAUUCAAAUUUUCGGUUCAUAACAACAGAGGCGAUGAAACUCCAACCACUGUGUAUUCAGGAACACAACAGCUUCAUGGAUAUUUUGAAUACAUUCGACGAGAAGUGUUAAUUGGCCAUGUGCAACCAACCGAUGACUUGCAUCUUUCGCUUAUUAUCACUGUAACAUUUGAUACGGUGACGAAGGCUUCUCAAAACAUCCGAUCCAUUGCUCCUGAACUGCCGAAACCUGUAGAAGUGACAAAAGAUCUUGAGAAUCUAUUCCGCAGUGGAAAGCAUUCUGAUUUUACAUUUAUUGUCGAAGGAAGAGAACUCCGUGCUCAUCGUGCUAUUCUCGCUGCUCGAUCUCCAGUUUUUGCCGCAAUGAUGGAAUCACAUACAUCCGAAUCUCAAAACUCUCGUGUUAUCAUGGAAGAUCUUGAAUAUGAUGUAGUCGAGGCACUUCUGUACUAUAUCUACACUGGAACAUGCCCUAACAUGGGAUCACAUGCUCUCGAAAUUCUAGCCGCAGCAGAUCGCUACGCUCUUCCAGGACUGAAGAAUUUAGCUGAAAUGGCAAUGAGAAACAAUCUCGCCGCCGACACCAUCUGUAAGCAUCUUGCUCACGCCGAUCUGUACAAUAUGACUGAGUUCAAAAAAGAAGCAAUAAAGUUUAUUUGUUUGAAUGCUAAUUCUGUAAUUUCGUCGGAUGGAUUCAUAAAUUUGACAAAAAGUAAUCCACACCUAAUCGCUGAUAUUAUGAGCACGUUGGCCAACGAUCGGCAUUCAUCUCCAUCGUACUUCUCACGAGAUGGCAGUUUGGAACCGUUGAAUAAACGAGCUCGGAUGACCGAAACUAACAUAUGA